AUGUUUGCGCUGUUUGAGUCUGAGCUAGAGUGGAGAGUUGCCUGCUGGGCCAUUCAGGACGGCAUAGGUCACAAAUCAUUUGAUCGACUCAUGGUGAUACCUGGGAAUGACCCAGAGUACAAACAUAUCAUCUAUCAUCAGAAUCUGAUUGAUGCUGUCAAGAUAUUACUUAGAAAUCCAGCAUACACAAACAAUAUUGUCUAUAGACCCAAGAGAGUUUUCACCAAUGCUUCUAGGGAUAGUAGGAUCUACAAUGAGAUGUGGACUGGGGACUGGUGGAAUACUAUCCAAUUUGCUAGUGACAAGACUACCUACCCUGUCUACCUUACCUUGGGGAACCUUUCCAGAGCCAUUAGAUGGAAACCAUCCCAGCAUGCCUGUAUCCUUGUCGCAUACCUUUCUGUCAGCAAGAUGUUUGGCACUGAGCUUAGCAAGAAACAAAAAUCUACCCACAUUCAACAGCUCUUCCAUGACUCUAUGUGGAUAGUUUUGGAGCCACUAAUAGAAGCAGGAAAAAGCGAUGUUAAGGUGACUAGAGGAGAUGGUAAAGUGUAUAUGGUGCACCCGAUACUGGCAUGCUAUGUGGCAGAUUACCCGGAGAAGUGCCUGGUAACUUGUGCUAAGUAUGGGACCUAUCCCAAGUGCAAGGUAGAUGAUAGCCAGAUGGGAGAUGGAGAACCAGGUCUAUGGAGGAACCAAUGCAAAACCUCCAAAAUAAUAGAAGCUGCCAGGGCCAACUCUACAUCUAUCAGCAACUUUCAGAAGCGCUGCAAGCAGGACAAUGUAUCAGGAGGAGUGAGGUGCUCAUUCUGGGAGGGGUUCCCACAUUGUGACAUACACAUGUCUAUCACUCCUGACGUACUGCACCAGUUGUACCAGGGGGUGGUAAAGCACCUCGUCUACUGGUGCAGCAGCGUGAUGACUGACACUGAGUUGAAUGCUAGGAUUAGAUCACUUCUGCCUUGUUUUGGGAUGCGACAUUUCAAGAACAGAUGGUCUUGCCUGGCUCAGAUAUCAGGGAAGGAGAGGAAAGACAUGGGAAGAAGGAUACUUCUGGGGUACAUAAUAGGAAAAGCUCCAUCUCAAGUGACGCUACUGGAUUUCAUAUAUAUAUCUCAAUAUCCUUCACACAACAAGGACUCUCUGGGAUAUCUUCAAGUGGCCUUAGAGCAUCACCAUUCCAACAAGUGCAUCUUGAUUGAUCUAGGCAUCCGCGAUCACUUCAACAUCCCUAAGCUGCACUCCACGCAGCAUUAUGCUGAGUGUAUUAGAAAUUUUGAUACUACUGAUAAUUAUAACACAGAAAUGUUUGAGCAUUUCCACAUUGACUACGCAAAGGAGGGGUGGAGGGCUACCAAUUUCAGGGAUGAACUACCACAGAUGACUUAG